AUGACGGGAGCAGGCCUUUCUGACGACGAUGAAGAUGCUGAGGAAGAAGAUGAAGAUCAGCAAAACCAGUUAAUUGAGGUUGAGGAUAUGGAGGAUGAAGAAGAAAUUGAUGGGGAAGAAGAAGGCGAAUAUUUGAAGGAAAAUGAGAGGAAGAAGAAGACGAACAUGAAGAUGAUUUGGACAAUUUGGGAUUUUAGGGGGAUUGGGCGUUUUGAAGUUUUGAUAUUUUGAAUUUAACAUUUUGAAAUAAAUG